AUGGAGAGCGGUACGGACAGGAUCACCGAGCUCGCCGCCAUCAUCUCCCAGAACACGGAGCGCAUCAGUACCUACUUGAACGGACACGACCUGCCGCCGUUAUCUUUCGCAGCCGACGCGCCCCCGGGCUUACCGGAAGUGCUGGGCAGCGCACGCGCUGCCGUCGUGGAGGCUGCCGACGAGCUCAAGCUGCUCGUGCAAGGGCCGAAGGAGGCACUGCAAUCCGAGGGGCAGCACGAUCUCGUCAGCUUGCACGUCGUCGUGGACUACGGCAUCGCCCGAUCCUUCCCCGUCGGGCAGGAAGCGACGUUUGCGGACAUCGGCGGGGCGUGCGGGCUCGGGGAGCGAGAGGUCCGUCGGGUGCUCCGCCAUGCCAUGACGAAGCGUGUGUUUCGGGAGUCGAGGAAGGGCGUCGUGGAGCAUACCGCCGCGUCGAGGCUGUUGGCGCAGGAUGAGGCGUUCGCCGAUUGGGCAAAUGUCAAUCUCGGGGAGGCCUGGCCGGCGGCAGCUCAGACGGUCAAUGCGAUGCGGAAGUGGCCUGGGUCGCAAAGAGCAGCUCAGAGUGGCUUUUCCUGCUCCACGGGUACGGACGACACGCUCUUUGAUUACUUGGGCAAGCAUCCGGAGCGAGCGACAAAGUUCGCCAGCGGCAUGUCGGCCUUCAGCACAGGGCCUGGGUAUAAAUUGGACCACAUCGUCGACGAUCCGCUCUGGACCGACCUUGGAGAAGCCGUCGUUGUGGAUCUCGGUGGUUCGACGGGGGAGGCGAUGAUUGCGCUCACGAGCAAAUUCCCUCGACUCGCCGCCGUGGUGCAAGACUUGCCGAAUCCUAUCGCUAGGCAUCUCGUGCCUCCGACUGCGAUACAGGGACGAAUUCGGUUCAUGGCCCACGACUUCUUCAACGAGCAACCUGUCAAGGACGCCGAUGUGUACUUCUUCCGCUUGGUGUUGCAUAAUUGGUCCGACGAAGAUUGCUUCCGGAUCCUCAGAGCGCUCGUGCCGGCGUUGAAACCUGGGGCCAGGAUUAUCGUCAACGAGUGGUGUCUACCGGACAUACACACGAUUCCCAUCAUGGAGGAACGAAGAUUGAGGGCGAUGGAUAUGCAUAUGCUGUCGCUUCUGAACGCGCGAGAGAGGGAUGGCGAUGACUGGGCAGAUUUGUUCAACCAUGCCCACCCAAAGUUCCAACUGAAGAGUAUCACAACACCUAGAGGAUCAAACCUCUCAAUCAUAGAAGUCGUUUGGACGGGCUAA